CAGAGGGCCACACAGAAGGUGCUGGGCUUAUAGGCAGGUUCCUCACCCUGUGGCCAUGGGUGGCAACAUGGGGCAGCUUGGCAUUCAGACCUGUGAGUCCCUGGCCAAGGAUAAACCCUUUGACCCCGUGGAGCCACCCAAGAGACCCACAAGCAACCUCAUCAUGCACAGCAUGGCCAUGCUGGGCCGGGAGUUCUGCUACGCGGUGGAGGCGGCCUACGUGACCCCAGUCCUGCUCAGCGUGGGGCUGCCCAAGAGUUUGUACAGUAUGGUGUGGCUGCUCAGCCCCGUCCUGGGCUUCCUGCUGCAGCCUGUGGUGGGAUUAGCCAGCGACCACUGCCAGGCCAGCUGGGGCCGUCGGAGACCUUACAUCCUCACCCUGGGCGUCAUGAUGCUCUUGGGCAUGGCUCUGUACCUCAACGGGGACGCCAUGGUGACAGCUUUGAUUGCUGAUUCAAGAAGGAAGCGGAUUUGGGCCAUAACCAUCACCAUGAUAGGUGUAGUUGUCUUUGAUUUUGCUGCUGACUUCAUUGAUGGGCCCAUUAAAGCCUACUUAUUUGAUGUCUGCUCCCAGGAGGAUAAGGAGAGGGGCCUCUACUACCAUGCCCUCUUCACAGGUUUUGGAGGUGCCCUGGGUUACCUUUUGGGUGGCAUCGACUGGGCUCAUCUGGAGACAGGAAGAGCACUGGGCACAGAAUUCCAGGUCAUGUUCUUAUUCUCCGCCUUGGUGCUCACUCUGUGUUUUAUUAUUCAUCUCUGCAGUAUCCCUGAAGCCCCACUUAGAGAUGUCACAAAGGACAUAUCCCCACAGCAAGCCCCCCAGGACUUUGCAUUGUCAUCAGACAAAAUGUACCAGUAUGGGUCUAUUGAGAAAGUCAAAUUUGGUUCUGUAAACCCAGAACUGGCAUUGCAGGGAGAAAAACACAAAAAUUCUACUGGACAGUCUAGGAAAGUGAUGACCAUGAAGUCACUGCUGAGGACGUUGGUGAACAUGCCUCCCCACUACCGCUGCCUUUGCAUCAGCCACUUCAUUGGAUGGACCGCCUUCCUGUCUAACAUGCUCUUCUUCACAGAUUUCAUGGGCCAGAUUGUGUACCACGGGGAUCCCUACAGUGCACACAACUCCACAGAGUUUCUCAUCUACGAAAGAGGGGUUGAGGUUGGAUGUUGGGGCUUGUGCAUCAAUGCCAUGUUUUCCUCACUUUAUUCUUACCUUCAGAGACCUUUAGGAUCCUACUUAGGGUUAAAGGGUCUUUACUUCCUGGGGUAUUUUCUAUUUGGCCUGGGGACAGGAUUGAUUGGACUUUUCCCGAACGUCUAUUCCACCCUGACUAUGUGUACCUUGUUUGGUGUGAUGUCCAGCACUCUGUACACUGUGCCCUUCAGUCUCAUUGCCAAGUACCAUCGUGAGGAGCAGGAUGAGAAGCCAAAUGUAAUGAUGGUCUGGCCAAAGCAUGACCAACUUCCCAGCCCGCACCCUACUCCUGACGUGGAAUUCCUGCGCCCCCGGAGAGCAGCAGAACAGAGACAGCAGGCCCCAGGAUGGAGCCUGGACAGCGAUGGGAGAGGGCAGGGCCUGGAUUGCGCUGUCCUCACCUGCAUGGUGCAGCUGGCUCAGAUCCUGGUUGGAGGUGGCCUGGGCUUCCUGGUCAACAAGGCUGGGAGCGUCAUUGUGGUGAUCACGGCCUCUGCAGUGUCGCUGAUCGGCUGCUGUUUUGUGGCUCUCUUUGUUAGAUACGUGGACUAGGUCAAUAAACAUUGUCCCUACCCUCAGACACUGGGAAGUCCAUGGCAGGAAAUCAAUCUCUUUCUUUGGCUCUACAGUUUUGGGGUCUGCCCGUUGGACGCCCUGUGUAAUGACUUCAGCGUCAGUGGUCUGCCCACAUCUCACUUUCUGCCAGCUCUCUGCACAAGUUUCCAGAUUUCAGGCAUUAUUCAUCUUAGAAAAGACUGGGAUCGGGGCACCUGGGUGGCUCAGUGGGUUGAGCCUCUGCCUUCGGCUCGGGUCAUGAUCCCAGGGUUCUGGGAUCGAGCCCCACAUCGGGCUCUCUGCUCAGCAGGGAGCCUGCUUCCUCCUGCCUCUCUGCCUGCCUCUCUGCCUACUUGUAAUCUCUGUGUGUCAAAUAGAUAAAAAAAAAAAAAAAGAAAGAAAAGAAAA